AUGGUCGACAACCGCACACCUCAACAGCUGCUGGAAGCAUUGGCGCUCUAUAGGAUUCUUUCAAAAGAUGGACCAGCCUGUCUCUCUAAGUUGUUUGAAUCACAAGCUGCAGGGCUGGGGGAUAUUCUAGUAGGAGCUCAUCAGAACAGCAAACAACCCACAUCCAGCAAUGACAAUGAACAACCGGUCAUCAGACCUCAUUCUUGGGUAAUGCUGUGUGGUCUCACCAGCCCUUCUGGCACUGAAAUGAACGGGAAGUUGGGCUGUGUCCGUGAGAAUGGCUUUCAACAUAAACGACAUCUUGUGACAGUGGAUGGAUAUGAUGGAGUCAAGUGCAUCAAACCUGAAAACUUGAUGGAGAUUCCAGUUGAUGAGUACCGUGAGGCUUUGAUUUCCACCUUGGGGGAAGAAAUGCAAUGGAGGCUUAUGAGGGCUUUGGUGGAAUGUGCAGCACAACAUAAACAAGAGGAGCCAAACUCGGAAAAGACGAAAGCACCACAGUCAGAAUGUUGA